GAGGAAAUUUGAAUAUAAACUGUCUAUUACUUAAUACUGUUACAUCAACGUUAAAUUUCUUGGGUGUCAAAUGGUUCAGAGGUCACAGAGAAUAACUCCUUUGUUCUUAGGAGAUACAUGCUGGAGUAUUUAUGACAGAUAGGAUUUUUUGUUUUGUUUUCUAGCAGCUGGUCGGUAUGGGGAUCCGAACCGCUAACCUUGGCGUUAUCGGCACCAAGCUCUAACUCACUUUUAAAGGAACAGAAAAGGAAGAGCCCCGCCCUACCAGCACAAGGUUCGCGCGUGCGUACAGCCUUGUAUCUCCGAGCCUUAUUUCGCGCAGCUGGAGGGUCAUAUUGGGCCCGCCAGGAGGAAAUGCGCCACAGGGGGUUCCGGUCACCGCGUCGGCGGCAAAGGCGGAGGAAUGGAGGAGGUGCCUCACGACUGUCCCGGGGCCGACAGUGCCCAGGCGGGCCGAGUGGCCUCAUGUCAGGGAUGUCCCAACCAGCUGCUGUGUGCUUCGGGAGCCGGCGCCGCUCCGGACCCGGCCAUAGAGGAAAUCAAAGAGAAAAUGAAGACCGUGAAACACAAAAUCUUGGUGUUGUCUGGGAAAGGCGGCGUUGGGAAAAGCACAUUCAGCGCCCACCUCGCCCACGGCUUAGCGGAGGAUGAAAACACACAGAUUGCUCUUCUAGACAUCGAUAUCUGUGGGCCAUCAAUUCCCAAGAUAAUGGGAUUGGAAGGAGAACAGUAUGUGGAAGACAACCUGGGGGUGAUGUCGGUGGGCUUCUUACUCAGCAGUCCCGAUGAUGCUGUUAUCUGGAGGGGACCGAAGAAAAACGGCAUGAUCAAGCAGUUCCUCCGUGAUGUGGACUGGGGAGAGGUGGACUACCUCAUCGUGGACACCCCGCCCGGGACGUCGGAUGAACACCUCUCUGUCGUCCAGUACCUGGCCGCAGCCCACAUCGACGGGGCAGUGAUAAUCACCACUCCUCAGGAGGUAGCACUCCAGGAUGUCCGGAAGGAAAUCAGCUUCUGCCGCAAGGUGAAGCUGCCCAUCAUCGGGGUGGUAGAGAACAUGAGUGGCUUCAUCUGCCCCAAGUGCAAGAAAGAAUCUCAGAUCUUCCCUCCCACGACCGGGGGCGCCGAGGUCAUGUGCCAGGAGCUGAAGCUCCCCCUCCUGGGCAGGGUGCCUCUGGAUCCACACAUAGGUAAGAGUUGUGACAAAGGCCAGUCUUUUAUGAGUGAGGCACCGGAUUCCCCAGCCACAUUAGCCUACAGAAGUAUAAUUCAAAAAAUCCAAGAGUUUUGUAGUCUCCAUCAGUCAAAGGAAGAGAACCUCCUCAGCUCCUGAAACACGGGAGCAUGUCGAGGACCCAAGCAGUUACCAAGCCAAGGAACAUGCCGCAGACCUGGUCAGCUGGGGGACAGGGCGGGGUCCACGGCAAAAAGGGACCAGACACUGGCGUGGUUUGAAGUCACUUUCUCAGAGACACUUUAAUCAUCUACUAUUUGUACACUUUUCUUUAGAACAUACUUAAAGGGGGUUCUUUACAAAUGUGCCAUUUUAAAAAUAAAAACGUCUCUUCAGA